AUGAGUUACUCGUCGAAAAAAAUCAAAGAAAUUAAAAAACUCAUCGAUAAACUACAAAAUGAGAAUCAAUUCUUGAUAAAAGAGAAAGAUGAAUGUGAAAAAAAAGAUCUCGAUAAUCAACUAAUCAUCAAUGAAAAUAAAAACUUAAAAGAACAAAAUUUUGAAAAUAAAAUACGAGAAAUAAAAGUAGAAAUUAAUAGUAAUAGAAGAGUUCUCAAUGGCUUUAUCAAACAUAACAAUCUUGAAUUAGAAAAAGAACUUAUAGAUAAAUCAUUAAACAACUUUAAAAUACCAUACAACAUAACAGAUUCGUUAGAAACUAAAAUGGAUCUUCUCUUGGUGCUGGCUCGGUAUCCCUCAUAG